AUGCGGAUCGGUGGCAGCGGCUACGGUUAUGGCGUCAGUUCAGCCUCUGUGGUUCGGGUUGCGGUCCCUAAUCAGAACAGCAAACAGGACAAGGAUGCAGCGUUCGCAUCAGGGGAUAAGGACCUAUCGCGACCCGACUCUACAUCCAUCGAUCUCAUUCAGAAGCACUGCACCAGGGAUGUUCAUCUCCCUGAUUCAAUUGUAUCUCUGCCUAAUGCAGUCCGAAGUGUUGCCAUCAUCGAGAGUAGUCCUUUCUGGAGACUUAGGCCAGGUCUAUGA